AUGGAAAAACUGGACAAGGAAGGGUCUUCUUCAGUAUGCCCGCGGAGCUUAGACUGUGCCCGAGCAGGGCGUCAUUUCUGCCAGCCGGGCAGCUCACACUGCGGCCCCUGCCUCAACCCGCUGGUAGAGAACUCGCAUGGCAGAUGCAUAGUGAAGAGGAGACACGCUCACGCCUCCCAUUUUGCGGGCAAAGUGACCACGUUCCCUGAAGUGGAUGAGGAGAUAGACUUCCUGUCCACCAUCAUCAGCCAACAGAAGGAGUCAGGGGUCAAACAUCCAGCUCCUCUCUCUCAGGAUUUUUCCAAAGCCGAGGAGGAAGAUGACCGAUCCAUGAUCCUCACCCAACGGCCUACCACAGAGCAGCCUACGACACACAAUACCACUACAGCCCCGUAUAACACGACUACAGCCGCCCCCACAAUGACGGCCCUCACCACCACCACCCACAUCCCAGCAGUCCGUAGUGGGCCCCUGAUCAUCCCUUACCCCUCCAACGAUCAUGUGUUUAUUGUCAUGACCAGUGUGUUUGUGGUCAUGGGAUCUGUGGCCUUGCUCUUGGCUGGUGUCUGUUGGAUCAGGAUGCAGAGAGGUGUGCGCCUGGCUCAGAAGGCAGACUACCCUGCUUAUGGGGGUAUGGGGCCCCAUUCCUAUGACAACAAUGUGCCUGGGGAUAAGAGGCUGGCUCAGAAUGCCCAGAUGUACCACUACCAACACCAGAAACAGCAGAUGCUCUCCCUGGAGAAACACCGGGAUGAACCAAAGGUGCCUGACUCUGGGGCCACGUCAGAUGAGGAGAAUGAGGACGGGGAUUUCACGGUGUACGAGUGUCCUGGAUUGGCCCCAACGGGGGAAAUGGAGGUGAAGAAUCCUUUGUUUGAUGAUUCCACCCUUCAGCAGAGCCACAAGUAA